AUCAACUUACAAAUAUCCCAACAUAACAAAUAAAGCCUUUAAAACUUCAUUCUAAUAUAUGAUGUCUACUUCUUCAGUUUCUGUAUGUUCACAAAUAGAUGUGUUUGCCAUUGGUGAGUAUGAGACAAAGCUUGUGAAACCAGCAGACACUGUCACUCCAAAACCAUUGUUAAUAUUUACACCAUUAGAAGCUGGAGAAUAUCCAGUAUUGAUUUUACUACAUGGUUAUCUUCUUAAUAAUUCCUUUUAUUCCCAGCUUAGCCAUCAAAUUGCUUCCCAUGGCUUCGUACUUGUCGUACCCCAGUUAUAUUCAGUAGCAGGACCAGAUGCAACUAAAGAGGUCGCAUACGUUGCUGAAAUAACCAACUGGCUACCUGAAGGACUUCAACAGCUUCUUCCAUCUCAAGUAAAUGCCAACCUAACAAAGCUAGGACUAGCUGGCCACAGCCGUGGAGGAAAAGUUGCCUUUGCCCUUGCAUUGAAUAGAGUCAAAACCGACUUGAAGUUGAAAUUUUCUUUACUAAUCGGGAUUGAUCCGGUUGAUGGAAUGGAUAAGGGGAUACAAACUCCACCGAAAGUUCUUACUUACAUUCCACAUUCAUUUAACAUUGGCAUGCCAGUGAUGGUCAUUGGUACAGGUCUUGGGGAAGUCAGAAAAAAUACUCUGUUUCCAGCUUGUGCUCCAAAAGGGGUAAACCACGAAGACUUUUACAACGAGUGUUGUAAACCAGCUUGUUAUUUUGUUGCAAAAGAUUACGGGCAUCUUGAUAUGCUCGAUGAUGAGACUAAAGGGAUUAGAGGGAAGGCUACUCAUUGUUUGUGUAAGAAUGGAAAGUCUAGGGAACCAAUGAGAAGAUUUGUUGGAGGGGUUGUGGUUGCUUUCUUGAAAGCUUAUUUGGGAGGGAAUUUUAGUUAUUUGAUGGGCAUAAAAGAUAAUGAAAAUACACCUGUUGUGCUCCAGCAAGUUGAUUUUCUGGUUUGAUGAUUUUGAUCUAUCAUAGUUAUUGGAAGGAUGUUGACUUUAAUAUCAAGCAUACCUUGCCAUUUCGACUUUUUUAUUGAA